AUGAAUCGGAUUCAACCACCGCUCGGAGCGAACCCUCCGCCCGCCAGGCGUGGGGACAACCCGAGACGACGUCGUCACGACCUAACCCUACCUCUCCCGCAGCGGGACGCGUCCCUGGCCGUGCCCUUGCCCCUUCCUCCGCCCGGGCCCAGCUCGGCCCAAUCGUCCUCGGCCCACAGCGCCGCCCAGCAGCUCAUCAACUUCAACGAGCUCGAGCGCUCGAACCGCAUCGGGAGCGGCACCGGAGGCACCGUCUACAAGGUCAUCCACCGCCCGACGGGUCGUCUGUACGCGCUGAAAGUCAUAUACGGCAACCACGAGGAAGCCGUCCGCCGCCAGAUCUGCCGCGAGAUCGAAAUCCUCCGUGGCGUCGACAACCCCAACGUUGUCAAGUGCCACGACAUGUUCGACCACAACGGCGAGAUCGAGGUGCUGCUCGAGUUAAUGGACGGCGGGUCGCUGGAGGGCCAGCGCAUCCAGAACGAGAGGACCCUCUCCGAUUUGGCCAAGCAAAUCUUGAGCGGCCUCGCCUACCUCCAUAGACGUAAGAUCGUGCAUCGCGAUAUCAAGCCCUCGAAUCUCUUGAUCAACAGCAGGAACCAGGUCAAGAUCGCCGAUUUUGGGGUCAGUCGGAUUUUGGAACAGACCAUGGACCCUUGCAAUUCUUCUGUGGGCACCAUAGCUUAUAUGAGCCCUGAGAGGAUCAAUACUGAUCUCAAUCAUGGCCAGUAUGAUGGGUAUGCCGGUGAUAUAUGGAGCCUUGGGGUCAGCAUAUUGGAAUUCUACAUGGGCCGGUUUCCGUUCUCUGUGGGAAGGUCAGGGGAAUGGGCUAGCUUAAUGUGGGCUAUCUGUAUGUCUCAGCCUCCUGAAGCUCCGCCCACUGCUUCGAGAGAGUUCAGGCAUUUUAUCUCUUGCUGUUUGCAGAGAGAUCCUUCGAGGAGAUUGUCGGCGGUGCAGUUGUUGCAGCACCCUUUUAUCUCUGGCAAUGGCGGCGGUCAGGCCCAGCAAGCACAUCAGAAUCUUCACCAUCUUCUGCCACCACCCAGGCCUCUUCCUUCUUAA